AAAUGUCAAUUAAUGACAGUGACAGUUAGGAUUCCGAUACAUGAAAUCACCGAAUCUAGAAUUUACUUAGAGGAAAGUUCGAUUAGGAUUUUGAUUAGAACUGUUAUAUUACUAAGUUUUCAUCAUGCUUAUCAAAGUCAAGACUCUCACAGGCAAAGAGAUUGAAAUAGACAUAGAACCCACAGAUAAAGUGGAGAGGAUUAAAGAAAGGGUUGAAGAAAAAGAAGGCAUUCCACCGCAACAACAGCGGCUUAUUUUUUCUGGUAAACAAAUGAAUGAUGAGAAAACGGCGCAAGAUUACAAAGUACAAGGUGGAUCAGUGCUGCAUUUGGUGUUAGCGCUGCGCGGGGGAGAGUGAAUUCUGUGAUCAUUGUCUCAUAUUUAUAACUACUUAAUUUUAUUUCUCAUUUUGUGUAUAAAAUAAACACAAUUACAUAAAUUAAAA